AUACGAUAUAACCACUGUAUAUUUAAAUGGCAAGUGUAUCCGGAUGCCUAUAGGUACUCCACUUUCCGAAUUGGUUCCAAUUAUAAAUCUUAUCUAGUCUUAUCAUGACAUCGAUGAUAAUACUUUGUCAAUCGAUGACUUAUCUAAAAAUUGUACCGUUCAACAUAUUAAUUUCGGCGGUUGUCGCGAUCGUAAGUUGUCACGAAAUUUGCAAGUAUGUUACCAAUAAACCGAGAAAACGAACCAAGGAUUAGUAUCUUUGAUUAUUAUUAUGACUGCAGCAGCUCUGAAUGCGAGGAAACUGAAGACGAGAGUGGUAUCAUAUCUAAAGUAUUUGUUCUAUUGGCCACUGCGCAACUACGAAAAAAUCAAUCAUUGCCCGAUUGUCUUUCUUUUAUCAAAUAUAUUUAUUUUUCAUUCUCUAAAACUUUUGGAUAUUCCUUAGAAUCAGAAGAGCUUUUUACCAAAUAUACACAAGAUAGCCAUAUAAAAUGGACGUGGUGUUUGAUUUUCAUAUAUCUUAUACCGGAAUGCAUCGGGGUGUUAAACACCUUAUGGCACCAUCUAUUCAAAAGAAAACUAAGGAUGCCAAAGAAAUGGAAUCUUUUACUCAUGAUCUUGAUAGAAACGCUUCACACGCUGGGUUUAAUGUUGUUAACUUUCCUCGUGCUACCGGAAAUCGGUGCAGUACAAGGUGCCGCGAUUUUCUGUUGCCUAUGUUUCGUACCAGGAUUGCUGAAUCUACUUUCGCGAAAUAAAGAGAGUUGCAAUACAUCAAUUAAAUUAAGAUUACUAAAAAUUUUUGAUGUACUGGCAUUAAUUGCCCAAAUUAGCGGAAUGUUGUGGCCUUUGAUUCUUACUAUUAAGCACAAUGUCGACGAGACGUUAAUGUGGGUUACUCCUGUUGCUCUUGCGUUGUGCUCAAGUCGUUGGUGGAGUAACUUUGUAUCGUCUCACAGCAACGUUGGUUUGAUGCAAUUCUUAUCCCGUGCAAAAGAAGAUCUUCAACCAGGUCAACAUAUCGUACAAGGAUAUGUCUCAAUUUGGAGGAUAUUCAUUUUUAUCACAGGUGCUUUCGUCGUUAUUAACAUACGCGAAGGAAUAGAUGCUAAAAGUUUCUUCUCACCGCAAUUCACUGUCCCUACACCUCUUUAUGUCUUUGCAAUUCAAGCUGUUUGCACCAUGACGAUGUAUCAAGCUUGCAAAUUUGCUUACAGAACCCAUAUGCACCAAUUUGGUUUCGCAUUUCCAACAAAUCUAGUUAGUCUAGGAGCAGUAUUAUUGAUCGUGACAUUGUGCAUUGCUCGAAAAAAAGACAUCUGUGCUUUUCGUGACGUUACCCCGGACUAUCUUUUCUUUGAGGAUUCCCUCUUUGGAAAUUGGAAUGAAUUUCUUUCUAGUUGGUACAUUUGGUUCUGGCUUAUAUGGCUCAUGUCACAGAUAUGGAUCACGAUGCACUUGUGGACCACUGAAAACGAAAGACUAGCAUUAGCGGAAAGGAUUUUUUCUACAAUCACCUAUGAUUCGCUCAUGAUUGAUCAGUGUUUAGCUUUAAAUAGAAGGAUGCAGAAUGAAAAUAUCGAACAAGAAGGGGAAACUAAAGAUGCUCAACUUCCAAAUAGCGACUUGAAACUCGAAGUUAUCGAUAUUAGCUUAGAUGCUGAAAGGAUCGAACAAGAUUUUAAUCAAGAUGAUUCGAUUGGUGCUGAUACAGCAGUGAAUAAGUGUCAAGAUCGAGUUACGAGAAUUUACGCGUGUGCUACAAUGUGGCACGAAGAAAAAAGCGAGAUGAAUCAUUUAGUGGGUAGUAUUUUACGAUUAGAUAAAGAUCAAUGUGCAAUAAGUGCGACGCAAAAAUAUUACAAAGUUCAAAUCGAGGACUAUUAUGAAUUGGAAACACACAUUUUCUUCGACGAUGCAUUUUGUUGUAUGCAUGGCUGCGUUGGUUCGUGCAAUCACGAUGAAAAUGAGACACAAGUCAAUCAAUAUGUAAUUACGCUGGUGGAGACAGUUCAAAGAAAUGUGGAGAACUUAUGCAUGCGUUUUUCACCGCCUACUAAAUAUCCAACGCCUUAUGGAGGUUGUCUUGUGUGGACGUUACCAGGAAAAACUAACUUGAUAGUUCAUCUGAAGGAUAAAAACAAGAUUAGACACAGAAAACGGUGGAGUCAAGUCAUGUAUAUGUAUUAUCUUCUCGGCUAUCGUCUAAUGGGACUAUCAAUCGAUACAGAUCGAAAAGAGACUAUUGCGGAGAAUACGUACAUUCUUACAUUGGAUGGAGAUAUUGACUUUCGACCGGCCGCUGUUAAAGUUCUAGUGGAUUUAAUGAAAAAAGAUAAAGAUCUUGGUGCCGCGUGUGGUCGAAUACAUCCAGUCGGAUCAGGUCCAAUGGUUUGGUUCCAAAAAUUCGAGUAUGCUAUUGGUCAUUGGUUGCAAAAAUCUACAGAACAUACGAUCGGUUGUGUUCUAUGCAGUCCUGGAUGUUUUUCACUCUUUCGAACGAAAGCAUUAAAGCAGCCCAACGUGAUGGCAAAAUAUGCUACCAAGUCUACCGAAGCCAGGCAUUAUAUUCAGUAUGACCAAGGUGAGGAUCGAUGGCUAUGUACGUUGCUUCUCCAAGUGGGUUCCCGGGUCGAAUAUUCGGCAGCAAGCGAUGCUUAUACACACGCACCAGAACACUUUAAAGAUUUUUACAUACAACGACGAAGAUGGAUUCCCUCCACUGUCGCAAAUAUUUUCGAUUUGUUGAUGACUGCUAAGGAGACGAGAAAGAUGAAUAACGAUAUCUCAUGGCUAUAUAUUGCUUACCAGUGGAUUCUAAUGGGGAGUACAAUCCUAGGACCAGGUACAAUAUUUUUGAUGCUGGUUGGCGCGUUUGUCGCCGCGUUUCAUAUCGACAAUUGGACCAGUUUCUGGUACAAUCUAAUUCCAAUUGGUGUGUUUGUCGGAGUUUGUUUUAUUUGCAAGGAACGCAUGCAGUUAUUAGUAGCCGAGAUUAUCAGCGCUAUAUAUGGUCUAGUGAUGAUAGUCGUUCUGGUAGGAAUUAUGUUACAAAUCGCCGAAGAUGGAUGGCUCGCGCCCAGCAGUCUUCUCUUCUUCAUUGUCGCGUGCCAAAUGACAAUAGCUGGUCUGUUACAUCCUCAAGAAGCAACUUGUUUAUUGUGUGGUGUUAUUUAUUACAUUACUGUACCAUCCAUGUACAUGUUGUUAAUUAUCUUCUCUGUUUUCAACGUACAUAAUGUUACAUGGGGCACGCGUGAUUCGAAAAAACUGAAUGUCAUUCCUCAAGAUGAGCAGAGAUCUGCAGAAAUCAGUACUAUAUCCAGAUUUAUGAUACGACAAAGGAAUAAGCAAGACAAAAAUGAUAAAGGUACAUUAGAAUUUUCCUUGGGAAAUUUAUUCAAAUGUGUCUGCUGUGUUCAUUCAGGAAUUAGUUAUGAAGAAAAGCGAUUAAAUGAAAUUAACGAGUCUAUACAACAGAUAAACAAACGUCUGAACUUACUGGACAGAUUACAUACAGUAAACACAGAAGCAGAUGUUACACAAUCUUCUAAUGUUAAUAUAUUUUCAAGACCAUAUUUUCCAAUGGAUGAGACACGAAAAGAGGAAAUACAUGAAGGAAUCGAGUUACAACAUAUGACUGAUAAAAGUGAUCAAGGAAAUGUACUCUAUAAGGACGUCGACGAUGACGAAAGUGACAUUCUGACGCAAGAGUCAGCAACUUCGAGUCAGGAUCGAUCUAGUUUUCUCAUUAGCCCUUACUGGCUUCAAGACGAAAGACUGCGAAGAGGUGUGGUGGAUUUUUUGUCAAAUGAUGAAGAGGAAUUUUGGAAAGAUCUGAUUGGAAAAUAUUUGCAACCUAUUGAAAGUGAUGAAGAGAGUCAAAACAAAAUAACUCAAGAACUGAUUAACAGUCGUGAUGCGUAUUUAUCAAAAUUCUUCAUGCUGAAUGCUUUGUUUGUACUAAUUGUGUUCCUUAUGCAGUUAAACAAAGAUAGACUGCAUUUGCAAUGGCCACUUGGAAUGAAGUAUAAUAUUACAUAUUAUUCAGAAAAAAAUGAGGUACAUUUAACAAAAGAAUAUUUAAGACUUGAACCAAUAGGAUGCCUAUUUAUCGUCGCAUUUGUCAGUAUAUUAGGUAUCCAGUUCUGCGCCAUGUUAUUUCAUCGAUUCGAUACGUUUUCUCAUGUACUUGCUAAUACGAAACUUCCUUUUUGUACUAAGACGACUUCUUCAAAAGACAGUGUUUUCGAAAAACACGCUGAUAAAAUAGCACAGAUACUUCAACGUAUGGCAGAGGACGACGUGAUAUUUGAACUCAGACGAAGUACCGUAACUUCUGUUUACAAGCGAGAUGUGCACGAAUUACCGGGAAAUUCGAAGAGAUCAUCAAAGAGAUCAUUGAAGAUAUUGGGAAACUUUGAAAAGUUGUUUCGACGAAAGCUUCGUGAUCCAAAUUCAGGUUUAUCACAACGUAUGUCCUCACAAAUGCCGAAAAGUGCAUUUAAUGCCUUCGAGCGGAGGCGAUCAACAAUUUUAGCGGAAAAAAGAAGGACACAGACUCGGAAAUCGUAUGAAAUUUAUGAUAAUGCUGAUAAUUUGAGAUCUUCGAACGAUCAGACAUUUCCGGAACAACCAGGACAAUCGAGUUCCCAUCAAUUUCAGUAUGAUAAUCCAGGAUUUAAGCGGGAUGAGAAUAUAUGAAAUAUAUGAAACAAUUAAUUUAUUUUGAAAUAUAAUGUAAAACGGAAGUUUAUACAACUUAAAUUUCUCGCUUCUGAUAUUUUAAUCCAAUAGAGAUGCACAUUAAUGUAGUAAAUAACCAAUAU